AUUUGUUUAUAGAUAUCACAAAGAUCCGAUGUCAUCUCUGUCCGCAUUAAACUUUGUGCCUUGUGCUGGCAGAGUCUGCCAGUUAUAAUCUGACAACAGAUUGUAGGCAAAAACCGAAGAAAAUUCAUCAUUUUAUAAACAUUUAAAUAAACUACAUCAUUCAAAUGGUCACGAAAUAACGGAUCUUGAGCGGAUGAGCUGUUUCUGCAGUCAAUCUGCUAUUGUUCUGUUGUCAGUAUCUCUUACAUUUCUGCUGACAUUCUAUCGACAAUUUGCAGCAGACACUUUCAAAAUCUGUUCUCGACAGAUUUGGCUGUCCGGGUUAUUGUAAAUACUUAAUGUUAAAAAAAAAUAAAAAAAUACAGCUAAAAAAAAAAAGCAGUCAACGUUACCGGUUCAGUUAAGUAAGCAGAAUUCAUGCUGUAAGCAUAAUUUCUUAAACCUAAACCCUAAAUUAUUACCUGACUCUGUACUAAACUAUAUGUGGAACACAUAUGGCAGAUAUACUAUGUGAAAAACGUGAAAAAUAUACUGUAUUUAAAUGGAACAAAAAAACUGCUUCUUCACUCGAUUUUUACUGUAAUAUGCAUAGUGAACUAGCAAAUACAGAGUGGUGAUGUUCAAACGGAAUCAAAGCAGUAUAGUAUUGCGAUUGAAAACGAUCGAGAUUAAAUAUACAAUUGUGAUCGAUGCACAAAUGGUCGAUACCGACAUAGAAUUGUGACAUAGAAUAUCUAUGUCCAAUUGUGACCGAUACAUAAUCGAUUCAACCACGGUUGUCCUCAAUUGCAAUGCUAUGUUUGAUUUCGUUUGAAUUUUAUCACCGCUUUGUAUUCGUUUCACACAAUGCAUAUUACAUUAAAAACCGUAUGAAGAAACAAUUUCCUAAUUAUAAUAGUUACUUUUGGUUAGCCCAAGUACAGGGCUAAGCCUAGAGAUCCUAGAUACAAAGCACACAAUGUGUUGUUUUAUAAACUAAUCAGUCUUAUGUACAGGUAAGGUAAAGGUAAAGGCACUUUUCUGACCAGUAUCAGACUGCCAGAUCCUUAGGAACAAUAUUUACAACCCGUUGAUAUUAUUUGUUCCUCCGUGGAAGACAAACCAGGGUGUUUUUGGCGAAGGCUCCUCCUGCCUUGCGGUUUACACAUCGACAUCCUCAACGAAAACGCGUCGCUCGCAGUUCCAGCGCAAUGUGUUGAAUAAAAAUUCGUUGCGACACGCUUGACGCUUAAAUAAAAUUAAUCAGUGCAAUAAAUCUGUUGGGUUCAGCGCAAUCGUCAGGAGCUUGCGAUAUGCCGAAAGAGACAAAAAUUGUGAUUGUUGGAGCUGGGGCAUCUGGCAUUGCGGCUGCCUCCAGGCUGUUGAAAAGAAGAGUGAGCGAUUUUGUGAUACUAGAGGCCAACGACAGAAUCGGUGGCAGAAUAAAUACCAAGGACUUUGGUGCGAAUGUGGUGGAUCUCGGCGCUCAUUAUGUCUGUGGAGAAUUUGGAAACGUGGUGUUUGAUCUUGCCUCCAAACAUGAUUUGCUGAGUUCAGAAUCAGUUUUGCUCAAUUUCACUAAUUGUAAGCCAUAUGAAUUUGCAACUGUUAAUGGUGAAAUAAUGCCCGCGGAGGAAAGUUGCGCAGCUGUGAUGAUAUAUUUUCAUAAUCUGGAUAAAAUAAAACGGAAGUUAAAAAAGGAUUACAAAGAGGUAACAGGAUCUUAUGGAGACUACUUAAUAAAAAA